UUAUAUGAUGUCCCAUUUUCAAAACCAGGUUAAAUGUAUUACCUCUUAAGUUUCUUUGAGAAAAAUAAAAACAAAAUCCAGUUAAUUGUUUAACUAGUGUCGGGCCGGAGCUACUUCGAAGAGAGCUUGGACUGGCUUCUCGUCUGCAACUGCAAGGAGGAGGAGAAGCAAGAGAAGGCGUAGAUGAGCAAUUCAUCUUCGGCAGGGCGUUUUCGCGGAAGUAGUCGCAGUGGUGAGGAGGAGAGACCAAGGUUCUUCGACGCCAAGGCCAAGAGCAAGUGCUGGGCCAAAGCGGCUAUAGUGCCCGGUCGACACCCUGAGCGGUGGCGCAGAGAUGCAGCCGGCAAUAUAGUUUGCAAGCGCUUCUGCAACUGCCAGGGUUGCCUCUGCUUCGAGUACGAUCACAUCAUUCCUUACUCAAAAGGUGGUGAAUCCAUAGAGGAGAACUGUCAGAUUCUACAAACUAGGGUGAACAGGUUAAAAUCUGCCAAAGACUAUGUGGACAAAAGUCUUUUGGAAGGUUACUCUUGUGAUAUCAAGUUUAGUGGAGUAAUGAGGACAAAAGGCUUUGUGCAUGCCCAUCAUCAUCCCAAAGAUCACCAUGAUGGAUAUGGGGAUACUAAGAACCUAUAAGGUACUUGAUAUAAUUGAAAUGGCUGUUUAUGGGGAUGUAAUACGGCCUGGAAAUCAAUGCCGUUGCAGGACAGUAGCAGAAGUGCUUCGCCGGUACAAGUCUAAAGAUCAAACGGCGGCUUGCAAGUUGCCAAGUGAAGAGGGUUCUUUAUAGCAAGUGGGUAUUCAAACUAUGUUGUUGGACUACUUUUAAAAGAGUCCAAACUUGGUUUAUGGGUCAAAUUUUCAGGCAUCCUACACAGGCUACUGACUCAUACACACUGGAUUCAUUUGGGAUCUUAUUAAUUCCCCAUCUAUUGGCAAAAUGUUGUAAUUUGAUCUUUAUUGGAUGGUUGUUUUGUUUAAUGCCAUGUUAUUUUAUGUUUCUUUA